ACCAAUGGCAUGAUAUUAACAGAGAUGCCUUAAUCACUGUACACAUUAUGCUACUUGCCAUAUACUUAUGGAUGUGAUCCCAUCAUCAAAUAUUCAAAGGGGGUGAUUUCUUCUUAGCAUGCCUAAUCCUUUCUUAUCUCGGCAUAUGCUCCUCUCUCUUAGGUGACUCGUUCGCAGAAACAGCAGGGAUGCAAUUAAUUGCAGGAAUCUGUGAAGCCUGCCAAUGUCAAACCAGUCAUCGGAAAAGUCCAAGUUGACUCGACACAAGACUGAUUGGACUGAAGAAGCGUCUGUCCGCUGCAAGCAUCGGAUGGGUUUGAAUCAGGGAUUCAUCACCAGCUUUGAGAUUGUCAAUAUCAUUCAUUGUAGAGGGAAUUAUGCUCGUGGGCUUCGGUGCAUAUGGAGGAUAAGAUACGGAGAAUGGAGAGGGGUUCAAAAGGAGAGGAGGGUGCGAAGGAUGGAAAAGAAUUAUAUGGAGAGAGAUUGUGGUAACUAAUUGCAGUCGGAUUAGAUGGAAACUUAGGCACUCCAAAUCCCUGCGCAAUCUCAUCAAUCCCCAUCGCACGGCUCCCAUUCGUCCUCCACGAGUCGGUUUCUCUCUCACCACCCCCACCAACAGAGCAGUAUAACGCAUGGAAGCCACCCCCGAGCGAUGGUCGGGGGGGCGAGAUUAAUUGUUGCGGGAUUCCACCUCUUCCUCCAUUACUGUCAUUACUGCCAUCUCCGAAUCACUCUUCUUCGCCUCCUCCUCCUCCUCCUCUCCCCCCUUCCUCCCCCCUGUGGCUCUCACAGCCUCGCCACUGUCUCCAGCUCUGCUUUCCUUCUUUGCAGCCUCCUUUUUCGACUGAGGAGAAGAGCACAGGGAGUUGCCAGCUCCAUCGAUUGGCUCGCCGCCUCCUCUCCCCCCCCACCCCUUCUUCUCUUGAUCCAACGAAAAAUGGGUGUCUUUUUUAUCCAAUCUGCUUCCCUCGAGCUCGUCAUUUCGUUUUCUCGAGGUUGAUAGAUCCCGUAUGCGUCGAAGGCGGCUCCAGCUGGAGAUCACGCCAUGUUCAGCUGAGGUUGCUGCUCUUGUUCUUCGCCUCGCUGUGGGAUCCAAAUAGGUGUUGACAUAGCUGGGUUUGAGUUUUUGUUGGUAACCGAACAAGGUGUUCUUUGUCGUAGUUAUUGUGCUGUCGUUGCUGUUUUUCGUGGGAAGCUGUGGCUUCGGCUCUGUUUUAUGACCUUUUGGGUUUCGGAAACUGAUAGAUAGGGAAGAGGCAGCUUCUCGCCAUCAACCCGAGAGAAUGGCAGCUCGUAUCGUGGAAGGUAGAAGCCACCAUACGACCUGGGAUGCUGCAGUGGCAGCAGAAGAGCAAGCCCACGAGGAGCUGACCAAGAACACCCUGCGGCUUCGGAUCAAGUGCCCCAAGACCGGAGACGAGAAAAGGGAAGCAGCGGCUCAGGUGGCGGUGUCUCCAUCUGGUGAUAGUGGUGUGAUAGUUGACCAAUCCACCGGUGGUGCUGACGGGGAUCUUGCCGGCGAUGAGGAUGCUAACGCCGAAUCUGCAUCGGAGGUCAAAGAGGUGGUCGACGAGGGUUGUGGCAGCUUCAAACGCAUGCAUGCAAACAGGAGGGCGGUGGUCCCAACAUGCCCCGAGUGCGGGAAGACCUUCCCCUCCGAUAAAUCAUUGUUUGGCCACCUGAGGUGCCACCCGGAGAGAGACUACAGAGGAGUUAAUCCGCCUCCGGGUGCGAGGAAGAAGCCGCAACCCGAUGCGUACUCGUCGAUCGCGAGAGUGCCGCCCACCACCAAGUGGUCAACCGCGAGAAGAGGGCGGAAAGGGACGGCUGGUGACAGAGACGACGAAGCGAUUGCCGCUGAUACCCUGUUGCUUCUGGCUGAUGGAAAGCCGCAGCGUCCGGAGACCACUAUCACCACUGAGGGGGAAGACACUGAUACGAAACAGAUCGCUGGCACUCAUUUUGCUGGCACCGAUGGGAUUGGUUGGGAUCAGAAAUCUGCUGACAUGGACGCCGGCAGCUACGGUAAUGAACUGAUAUCGAGCUACAAGAGAUCAAAGAAGAGGAAGAUCAAAGAGCUGGAACUGGUGAACGGGUCCGGCACAUCUGUUCGUUGUCGAAGGUAUCAGUGCAGUGUAUGCUUCAAGACUUUCUCUUCUCACCAGGCACUGGGAGGACACCGAGCCAGCCACAACAAGAAGAAGAGCAAUCCCGUAGAAGCAGCGGCGAUCCCUGACGAGAACGAAGGUGGCAACCCGAAGCAUGGCGAAGAUUUGAUCCGUGCAAACGGUGCCGUGAUCAAAGCGGAGAUGGCAGAACAUCGAUGCACGAACUGCAACCUGACGUUCCGAAGCGGGCAGGCACUCGGGGGCCACAAGAGACGGCACUUCAAUGAGUUGCAGCAUCAAGCUCCAUCGUCUUCUCCACACUCAUCUGAAAGCGACAAGGGAGCGAAUGGGCUGCUACAGAAUCGAGUUACAUCUUCUUCAGCGCACUCAUCUGAGAGCUACAAGGGAGCAAAACAUGGGCUGUUUGACUUCGACCUCAACGAAGUGCCGGAGCUCUAACCACAAGGAGACCACACUGCCUGCAUCUCCAAUCCUCGAUUGCAUUAUUGGCUACUAACUAGUUUUAGCUACAAGAUUUCAGCAUCGUCUCCUUCAAAAUACUCGCGCACUUGUUUUCCAGUCACAAAUGAAUAGUAGAAAUUAAAUAUUGCACCAUUUGCCUCCGAUGCGAUAAAGAGUAUCAACAUAUGUAAAAGAGAAAAAAAAAAAAACACACACUACUUUUCUUAAUAUUCAUCAAGAAAAAUAAAUUUUAAAUUUAGAAGAGUUAAUCUUUUGAUUAGUGAGAGUUUCAUAAGU